GCGUGAGCAUAUCAUGAAGCUACGGGACAUUGCGGCUCAACUAAAAAGACUUGAGGUUGAUAUGUCAGAGUCUUUCCUGGUGCACUACAUACUAGCGACCCUUCCAUCUGCGUACGGAGCCUUUAAAGUCUCCUACAACACACAUAAGGAGAAAUGGUCAAUUAAUGAACUUAUGACCAUGUGUGUUCAGGAAGAGAAUAGGUUGUCAAUGGAUUUGGGUGAGAGUGCAUUUACAGUUACACAUGGAAAAGACCAGAAAUCUCAUAAGCCAAAAGGGAAAGGAAAAUUAUCGGCAACCGGAGGGAUUAAGAAAGACCCAAAGGAUAUAAGGUGUUUCUUUUGUAAUAAGAGAGGACACGUUAAAAAGGAUUGCCUAAAGUAUCCGAUAUGGCUUGAGAAGAAAGGGUAUGCGAAACCUAAGGAAGCCAACACCAAAUGAAGAACGCAUCUAUUCCGGAAAUGGGAUGCAAUCACGUGUGGAGGCUGUUGGGACAUGUUAUUUAAUUUUAAGUAGUGGUUUUAAUUUGUGUUUAGAAAAGACCUUUUAUGUUCCUAACUUUACUAGGAAUUUAAUUUCUAUUUCAAAGCUUGUACCUUUGGGAUACUCUUUCAACUUUUAUGGAAUGUCGUUUGCUUUAUUCUAUAAAUCUAGUAAUGUUGGAAAUGGUACACUGUUGAAUGGUCUUUUUUCUAUUAAUUUACAAAAUGACGCUGCUUAUAAUACUUUACAUGAUCAAUCUGGUGUAAAACGUUGUGUUAUAAAUGAAGAUUCCUCUACUUUAUGGCACCGUAGAUUGGGACACAUUUCUAUUGAUAGAAUUAAAAGAUUAGUAAAAGAUGGAGUACUUAGUACUUUAGAUUUUACUGAUUUUAAUACAUGUGUGGACUGCAUUAAGGGAAAGCAGACCAAUAAAUCCAAGAAAGGUGCUACAAGGAGUACAACCAUUUUAGAAAUUAUCCAUUCAGAUAUUUGUUGUCCUGAUAUGGAUAUGGUUAGUCCGAAAUACUUCAUCUCUU